AUGGUCGGAAAAGACUGUGUGGCUAUUGCGUGCGACCUGCGCCUCGGGCUUCAGGCGUUGACAGUCUCCAACAACUUUCCCAAGAUCUUCCAGUACGGCGACGUCUUCCUUGGGCUUACCGGUCUGGCGACGGACGUGUCGACCGUAUCGGACCUGUUUCGCUACAAGGUGAACAUGUACCGACUUAGGGAGGAGCGCAACAUUGCACCCCGGACGUUCGCCAACCUCGUGUCCAGCAGCCUGUACGAGCGCCGCUUUGGGCCCUAUUUUGUCAGUCCCGUUGUUGCUGGCUUGGAUCCCAAGACGGGCGAGCCGUUCAUCUGCGGCUUUGACAGCAUUGGAUGCAUUGAUUUCGCGAAGGACUUCAUUGUGAGCGGAACGGCGACGGAGCAGUUGUUUGGCAUGUGCGAGAACUUGUGGGAGCCGAAUUUGGGACCCGAGGACCUCUUCGAGACCAUAUCACAGGCUCUUCUUAACGCCGUCGACAGAGAUGCCUUGUCAGGCUGGGGCGCCCAUGUUUACAUUAUCGAGAAGGACAAGGUCACCAAGAGGCUAUUGAAGGGACGACAGGAUUAA